CCGCACAACAUCCCCACCUGCCACACUCGUUACUAUGGCACUCCACACUCAUUUCCUCUGACCAACUAUGGGACCAAAGUGGCCUGCUGCUCUGGACCCAGAACUUGUGCCAGUUUCGAAGCGUUCCAGCCGUUUAUCAAAGCUGAACACUGGCAACCAGGCUGAACCCCCCACUAAGCCUCCUGCAACCCGUCGUGUUCAGUGGCUUGAGAACCCCCACUGGACUGACCGUCUCGUAUCAUACCUGCUUGAGAAUCCAAAUGUGAGGUUGAAACUGAGUGGUGAUUCUAUCCAAACUGUGAAGGCCGAGGGCCGACUGAAGAUUUCUAAUGGUGAGAAGAAGAAAGACUAUUGGGCAGCUAUUGCAAAGGACAUCUGGGACCACGAGGAAGAGGCAGAGCAUGAAUUCUAUGUUGCAGCUCUGAACCAAUACACUACAGCUAUACAGGGUAGAAUAAGUUGGCUGGAAAGUCAGUACAAGAAAUAUAUCAAACUCCUUGGUAAAACUGGUC